CCUGAACGCGCCGCCCGGGAGCCGAGGUCCAGCCUUGCAGCCCGCCCAGUAGUCCAACCCGGCCCGUUACUCGCGUCACUUCCGCUAGGGCGUGGCCCAGGUCAUGCUCACCUGCAGUUCCGCAUUUAGAACUUUAUGAAUCGGGGAUUUGCAGGGUCCGGUACCUACAUUGAAAAAGGGCAUCGGCUUGCUGGCCGUCAGGUUUUCCCGCUGUACUCCGGGGAAAUGACCGCUUCUUGCGCGACGCGAACAUUUCCCCGCUGCCACGAGAGCCCCUUUUCUUCUUGGAGCUUCGUUGGGAUCCUUUUGGUGGUCCAAGUGCUCCUGCUACCUACAUCCUCCGAUGCCUGUGAUGAUCCACCGAGAUUCCAAUCUAUGAAGCUCAAGGGUGCUUCUCAAGCCACUUAUAAUCCUGGGGACAAAAUAGAAUAUGAGUGCCGCCCAGGAUACAUGCGUAUUGUUCCUCUUCUUACCACCACUGCUGUUUGUCAGGCUGAUAACACGUGGGCACCUCUCCAGGAGGCUUGUACAAGAAAACCAUGUCCACAGCUAGGAGACCCCCUAAAUGGCCGCGUAAAUGGAACUUUCCUGUUCGGUUCACAGGCUCACUUUGUUUGUAAUGAGGGUUUUCAGUUAGUUGGACCAGAAAUCCUACAUUGUGAUCUUGCUGGAAAUAGUGUGGCUUGGGAUAAUGAGCCCCCAUAUUGUGAAAAGAUUUUGUGUAAACCACCUAGACAAAUACCAAAUGGAAAAUACACCAAUAGCCACAAGGAUACUUUUGAAUAUAAUGAAGUAGUAAUUUAUAGUUGUAAUCCUUCCAGUGGACCAGAUGAAUAUUCACUUGUUGGAGAGAGUGAGCUGAUUUGCUCUGGGUUUGAUACAUGGAGUAGUGACCCUCCUGAGUGUAAAGUGGUCAAAUGUCCGUAUCCAGCACUCGAAAAUGGAAAAUUUGUAUCAGGAUUUGGGAAAAAGUUUUACUACAGAGCGACGGUUGUACUUCAAUGCUACUCGGGUUAUUACCUUAAAGGCAACGACACAAUCGUCUGUGGAGCUGACAAUAUGUGGGAGCCUAAGGUGCCAGAAUGUAUUAAAGAGUCAAUCUCUCCCAGUACUAAACUUCCGACUUCGAGUCAUUCAGUGUCUGUUCCUACCAGUACACAACCUACAAUUUCCAGUGUCUCAGGUGUCAAGCCUACUACCGCACCUCCAGUUUCACGUCUUCCAGAUCACCCCUCUACCAGUGAACCACCAUCUGAAGUUUUAGGUGGAUGGAUCAUUGCUGUGAUUGUUAUUUUUUCAUGUAAGUGUCCCAAACGUGGAUAUCACUUCAGUCAAAAUAUCAAUUUGUGAAGAAGUGCAUUAUUU